AUGUCUGAAGCUGCGGAAGAGAGCACAGCGGACGCUGCCGAGUCUGCCACGCACGAAAAGGGCCCACCAGAAACUACGCCUGAUGAUCGAAGAGCUUCAGAGGUGGCCUCCUUCGAGAUCCACGAGGCUUCACAGCCACCAGGCCACGAAAUGAACGAAACCUAUGAUGCAGCUGAUUGGAUGCAACCUGCAGCCGCCCGAUGGCUGUCGUCACCGUCCAAUUGCUUUGUCAGGUGCUACUUUAAGAUGGGCCCUCGCUUCUGGACGUCUGCCAAUGCCAUCGUCAUGGGCACGACGGUGCUGGGACAGGAUUCACAUCCAGGCUACAAACUGAUGAACAUUUGUGUCAUUGCUUUUGAACUCAUGGACUACUUUUACCACGUGUCUGUUGCAACAGCCCUUCGCACUCUCAAGCCCUUUUGGGUGGGACGACUGAGCGGAACGGAAGCUGUGAUGCUUGACACCUGGGCGAUUGGCAAAUGGCUUUGCGUUGGAAGCCUGCUGAUGGUGGGCAACUUGCCGCUUGCUUGA